AUGUCUACUACUCCCAUCACUCCUCGCGAUGCUAUCGAGAGACGUCAAGAGACGCCUGCGGAAACGGUCUUUCGAGCCUGCAUUCUAGACAUUUUGGCCUUCCUGCCCCGUGACAUAGAUUACCUCAACUGCUCGAUGGUCUCGCGAGCUGGAUUCGCCAGCGCCUUACAAAUGUUCCAUCGGUACUGCACUGAUACCACCCUCAGCGAAUUGUGGACGACAGGCUGUGAUUGGGAUCGGUUCAAAAGCUAUGCGAAUGGCGUCUGGGGCUUGCGUGUGGAAAAACUUAAUCCUGGUCAACAGCGCUUGGAUCUUGCACGGUGGUUCCGCGUGCUUCCUAAUUUGAAAGAAAUCCAGUUCACCAAUAGGCAAAACCUUCCAGAAGAGGCCGACGAUUACUACCUGGUUGAUAUUUCAGACGGUUCGAGCGGAUGCUGGUGGAGAGAUACACCAUUCAGGUCAUGGAACUGCAUCAGUUGCAAAGAGCUUUAUCGCUUCGAGGGAAGGACCGUAACCGUCGAGGCGGAGAGAAGCCAGUACAAACCCUUCGCCGAGCCGACCUUUGACAUCAGCCACAAUAAGGAGAUCGAAUGGCUUGGCUUUGUUGAAAUCUGCGGGAACCAGGCAUGGGAAGGCAAGCAGAAGCACGUUCACAGGCAUCUUUUCCAGGCCCAUGAACAACAACCUAUCCAAUACGGAGUGGCGAUAAAACACCUGGUUGCUCUCAACUUGUGGGGAGGGUACUUGACUUUGGACAAACUCGAAAAGAUCUUGGAGAUCUGUCCGAACCUGACGGAGUUGGCUUGCACGCUGAAUUGCCGGAGGGUACCGGACGUUCGAAUGUACAUGAACCGGCUGAGUGCGUUACUCAGGAACUCAAAGGUUGUCAAGUUUCGAGGCAAGGUCGGAGGAGCGGACCUGCUCGUCUUCGCCCGACACCUCGCCGUAUGUCCGAACCUGUGGCUUGAAGGCGUUCUCAUCUGGCACGACGUCGCCGAGAUCAUUGAGAAAUCUCCCGUGGACUCUGCUAGACUCAGCCGAGUCGUCUUGAAGCCGCAUCUAGCGAACGGAUGGUUGAAAAAGGAUCAAAGAAUCAACCCGGUCGCCGUGGCGCAGGUGAUCAGAGCGAUCUUUCCGCCCGGCACCACAGUCUCAAUCAUAGAAUCGCAGCCAUACUCUGCCGAAAGCCAUGAGGUCCUCUGGAUGGAGCAUCUGCACUGGAUUAUGAAAGACCGCGAUCAUGAGUCGAAGGAGCGCGACCUUGAGCUGAAGAACCGCGAGGAUUGCAAACUUGAGCUGAACGAUUGCAAACUUGAGCUGAAGAAGCGCGACGUGAAGCUGAAAGAACGCGAUCUUGAGCUGAAGGAACGCGAUCUUGAGCUGAACAGCUACAAAGUUGAGCUCAAGGACUGCAAAAUUGAGCUGGAGGAAUCCAAGCUUUAUCUGAAGAACCGCGAUCUUGAGUUGAAAGAGCGUGAUCGGAGGAUUCAACAAUUGCUCCAAACAAUUUUGACUUUAUCCGAGACGCCAUCGAAAGACUUGUGA